GUUCAAACCGUUCCUUGCGCCUCCGCGCCUCAGUACCUACAUGUUUUUGCUUCCACACAUUGCCCUCGAGCACCACAUAGAUCACCGCGAUGGACGCCCGAAUCGACCGCGACGCGAAACUCAAAGAGUACGCAUCGUCAUCGCGACUCCCUGCUCAGACAUGGUAUCAAUGGUUUUGGGGCAUCCAACCCAAAGGCCCAGCACGAUCCACCGAUGCUGCGACGAGCGAAGCUGUGAGAAACGCUUUCCUCCAGAUGCUCGAUCAGACGGAGCCGCCGGAGGUCUUCAAACCGAGUGAGGUCGCUACUCAGCUCAGUAAGGAGCAACUUGCGGAGCUGGGAUAUACGAAAUGGGAGGAGGUUCUCCCGGGUGUAUACGAGCUGGCGUUUGAAUUGAGGGAAUUCGGGGAUUGUGAGAUUUUGAGAAAGGGAAAGGUUCUUGGGGAAGAUGUCACUAUCGCAGAUCUUGAUGGGCCGAUUCGAAUACGAAGAGUGGUCAUGUGAAGGGAGAGUAGUAGGAGCAGGAGGAGGAGCAGGAACAGGAACAGGAACAGGAGCAGGAAUAGGAAUAGGAGCAGGAGUAGGAGUAGGAGCAGGAGUAGGAGGAAUCUGGUCCGCGCAUCGGUCAACGACGACGAUACAUUUCGCAUCGCGAAUCGGGAAUUGGGGAUCGGGUCAUUUGCAGUUGCGAUUCAGCGGAAAGAGAAAGCGUCAUUCGUUCAGAACUUCGCAAUACGUUUCUGGUACUCUCCUGGGCAAACUCGCUGCUGCGCUUCAAUGCUGGCAGACGCACACUUUGUGGGCGGCCCUCGGGCGGACUUGUUCAUUAGACGACAUCAUACAGGUCUAUCCAACUUUGUGUGAAGGAAGAGGUUCCGAGAAGUUAGCGAAGCUCGCCUUCGUAUCAUAUCCCAGAGUGUGGUAUGAAACUUAUGGGCUACAGCCGGAAAGGAGGAGGUAGCCUACAUCUCCUGCCUAUUUCACUAGUCACCCCGGUUCUGGCAUAGCUUGGCGGCAUCCCAAGUCAACUACGCUUUCAGGCUUCUUGAGAGGCAUCCCAGCGGGUUGUACUGCACAAGUGAAGCUAUCCUGCGUCGCCAUGCGCAUGGCCUCCCAGGCAUCGCCACAAUCAACGCUGGCAAGGUUCGACAGACAAUUGCCAAGUUUGCAUUCGCGGCCAGGUUUUACUAUAGUACAGGGGUUCACCACUUCGCACUGUCGCUCUGCUCCAACAACCGGCCAUUCUACUGAUACUAAACUAGCUGAAGGACGCCUGAGUCAGUCUACCGGCGGAUGCACGUGGAGGUGAAAACUGAGAAUAUGCUGAAUUACAGACCUCAGGAACUUCAGCUGGCAGACCGACUGUAAUCCUGCACUUCAACAUACGACUCUGUAUCGUGAUAGAAGGUUUGCAACUCUUGCAUUUUGCUACGUAAAUCACACCUUUGAGACGGUAUGGAGGUUUGCGUUCGAUCACGGCAGGAAUUAUGCUAUGAUCGAUGUUCCAUCAUCAGGGUCUCAGAGGUGCAGAAGAGGAAGAGACGGGAAUGAGGAAGCUACCAGCUAACAACCAUCGUAAGUUCCAACACUUGGAGGAUGACAAUUCGAUAACGAUCUCGAUUUAUAAUCGCAAGGGGCCACACAUCGGACAAUGCCGAACGGUCGUCCACCGAAGCUGGCAUUCGCUUAUUGGCAAUUGCGUCGUUACGAAUCAUAAUGGGUCUGCUAGUACAGACUACCUACUCAUGUGGACUUCGCUUCGCAAGUGGACCAGCUGGAUGGCGACCUCGUUUGGAUCCAAGUUGUACCAGAUAUGAGGAUUAUUAAUAUCACACAUCAGGCUAUACACGUGCUCCCACAUGUAACGCACCGAUGUAUCGGGUCCAACCGUCCAAGAACCAAGCACCGAAACCCAUCAACAUGCUACGAAAAAGGAGCUUCCACAUUAGGGUAGGAACCGACGCGAGCCGGUGGUCUGGCUCAGGCAUGAGCUCUCGGCCCGUGCCGACCACGUUCAGAAUGGAGAGGGUCGCUCACUCAGCCGCAUUGUAGGAGGUAGGCGGCUUGGCCCGCGGACUGACUCUGCAUGGGCUUAGGUUGCUUAGGGCUGAGGACGAGAGGCUAAGGUACAGUAAUCAGCACAAGGCAAACUGUUCGCUGACUCGCUGUGGACACCGCAGCCGAACUUUUCAACAAUGUUUGAUGUUGUAGACGAUUGUGGCACCGUAGUACAGCGUCUUCAAAUGGGGGAGUGGGAGUGGGCCGCCCGUGGAUUGCAACCAAUCCGCGACUUCAGCUUGGCGGACCGCGCCGACUUACAAUCCUUCCAGCCGCGGUUGCUAUCACUCUGUGACCACGCAGCGUCACUCCAACUACCUACAGGAAAUCAACAACGUGAGCGAGACAUGAUUGGACGAGCUAUCGACACGCAAUAUGGACGCUGCUGCGUACCGAACAGAUUCGAAACAAUUUUGUGCACCGUAAUGUCGACACAGCGCACGCGCACAGAGGCACCGGAGGCCAGUCCGUGAAUCGCCUACCUUUUUGGGUCAUAGUCCCGCGACAGCAGCGACCAAACUACGCAGUACGUACCACGCGAGAUCCAGACACGGUGGACCUGCAUUGCCGUCGUCUCAAGUUAGUUGCACUCCGUUUUCCAAGCCGCGUCGUUCUACUGGGCAGACUGCCCUCAAUAUGGCAGUCAGGGGGGCAGUACCGUUCUCAUCUUAUAUCGUUGAGUACUUAAAGAUGUCGAAAGGGUGUAGCAUCUCGUCUUGAGCAAGCAAGCUCACCACUUCGUUCUCCAUCUUACACCGCACCUCCACCAUGCUUGCUCAAGCUCUGCUCACGUUGGCGCUGGUCGUCAGUCCUCUUUCCCAGGCACAGUCUGUCAUUGGCAAGGCCCCAGGCUUUGCAACUGGUACUACUGGCGGAGCUGGUGGCAAAACUGUCACCCCAACCACAACCGGCGAGCUUGUCAAGUACCUCACAUCCAAUGAUGCGUUGACCAUCGUCUUAACGAAGACCUUUGACUUCACUGGCACCGAAGGUACUGUCACGGAGACCGGCUGUGCGCCCUGGGGCACCGGUUCUGGAUGUCAACUUGCCAUUAACGCAAACAACUGGUGCGGCGACUACAAAGCUGGAGCAGGCAAGGUGCAGGUGACAUACGACAAAGCCGGAACAUCAGGCAUCCGAGUGAAGAGCAACAAGAGCAUCAUUGGCACAGGCACCAAGGGCGUCAUCAAGGGCAAAGGCCUGGACAUUUCGAAUGGUGUCAGCAAUGUCAUUAUCCAGAACGUUCAAAUCACCAACCUCAACCCCAAAUAUGUCUGGGGUGGAGACGCAAUCACACUCAACGGCGCCUCCAAGGUGUGGAUCGAUCACGUCAAAAUCAACCUCAUCGGCCGCAUGAUGAUCGUAGCAGGCUACAAGACCAACAAGGGAGUUGCCAUCACCAACAGCGAAUUCGACGGCAAAUCUACCUACUCCACCAGCUGCGACGGACAACACUACUGGGGACUCUACCUCACCGGCGAAAACGACCUAAUCACCUUCAAAGGAAACUACAUUCACCACACAUCCGGCCGCUCGCCCAAAAUCGACAAAGGAACCGUCCUCCAUGCUGCCAACAACUACUGGUCCAACAACUCGGGCCACGCCUUUGAAGGAGAUUCCUCCACCUACGUUCUCAUCGAAGGCUCGACAUUUGAUAACGUCGCCGCCUGCGAGCAAGGUUUCAACGGAAACGUCUUUGCCCCGACCGCAGUGGCGGGUGCAUGCUCGAGCACCAUGGGGAGGACGUGCCCAAAGAACUCGUACAAGAGCUCGGGAAAACAAUUGAAGGAUCGCAAUGGUCAGGCCAGUUUGAACAAACUAAAAGGUUUGACCUUGGUCGCUGCGGAUGCGGAUGCGAGUAAAGUGCCGUCGACGGCUGGUGUGGGGAAGUUGUAAUCAUGAUUUAAUGAUAUAUAUGAGUG